AUGAGGAACGAUGUCCGCAUAAUGCGAGCUGCCCUAGUGCUGGUUCUGGUAUUUGUGCGCGAAGAAACCGGACAGAAAGUCGAUGUUUCGCUCGAUGGUAACGUGAAAAGGGUUUUUCCGGAUGUACAGUUCGUUAGGAAGAAGAGAGGCAUCGAUGGGAUCGAUGAUGUCACCGUUAAAGUCGUCAGAGUCGGAGAUUGGUCGUUGGAGCUCGAUUCCGAGCGCAAUUUGCUCCUGUCCCGUGGCCUCCAAACCGACUGGCUCAAUUCGAACGAUUCGCCCAGCCGGCGGCCGACCAAGCGAUGCGAUUACCACGCGGGCGUGAUAAAGGGACUGGAGAAGAGCUCCAAGGUCGCGGUGACCCUUUGCGGAGCUCUCGUUCGAGGACUCAUCCGCGUCGCCGGCGCCGAUUAUCUCGUAGAGCCCUUCGACGAGCUAACCGGCGAGCACGUUGUCUAUACGAGCGGAACGCACGUAGCUAUCAAACGGGACGCGAACGCUCCCCCGAUCGCUCCAAAUCCCGGCUGGAUGUACAAUCUGACGGGCGACACGAUCGACAUCGAAGUGAAUAUCGAAUCGAACGGGAAUCUCCCCGAGGCGGAGGAAAUGACGCUCUUAGAUCCGGAUGAUGGAACGGGAAGCGGGGAUUCGAAUUCGAAUACCUCGGGGGAUAUUACCGACGAUAAUGGUUAUUUUUACGAUACCGCUUGGACGGUUAAAUCGGUGGAAGUAACAAACUCACCAACCACCAAUCCAUUACCUCCAAGAUGGAUUGAAAUUGCCGUUGCAGUCGAUUACACUUUGAUAUCUUUCCACGGUCGCGCUAGAGUAGAAGAAUACGUUCUAUCGUUAUUAAACAUCGUGAGCGCCAUCUACCAAGACGCCUCACUGGAGGCCAACGCGAAGCUGGUGGUGACCAAGCUGCUGAUGUACGAGAACAAGCGGUUCUGCCACAAGAUCAUCAAGUCCGGCGACGCCAAGAGGUCCUUGGAGAACGUGAACGCCUGGAACAAGGCGAUGCACGGCUCGCUGGCGCCCGCCGAGCCGCGCCACGACCUCGCCAUUUGGCUGACCAGGUCCGACAUCGGGGGCCCGUCGGGGUACGCGCCCGUCGGCGGCGUCUGCGACCCCAAGCGCAGCUGCGCCCUCAACAGGGACGAGGGCCUCACCAGCGCCUUCAUCAUCGCCCACGAAACCGCCCACAUUUUGGGCUUGAGCCACGACGGGGACGGUAAGAAUGGUAAUAAUUGCUCGGACGAUGCGCUGGAGGGUAGCGUUAUGGCUCCGAUGGUAUCGGCUACGUUUAACAGGUUUUACUGGUCGCCUUGUUCGAGGAACGAAGUGAGAAAAUUGAGCAACAAGUGGUGGUGUCUACUCAACCCGCCGACGGGGCCGGAGGAGAUAUCGUUGAAUUCGACCCUACAGGCUUCUUUCACGAUGGAUCAGCAAUGCAGGAUGGAAUUCGGAGACGGAUAUACUAUGUGUAGAUCGUUCGAAAUUAUCGAACCCUGCUCUCAUUUGUGGUGUGGCCACGAAAAGAGCCCUUUCGUAUGCAAAACCAAGAAAGGUCCACCGUUGGAAGGGACGGAAUGCGGCGUAGGGAAGUGGUGCAUGGAAGGUUUUUGCGAGGAUUUCGCCGACAGGGUAGAAAGGGUGCCGAUUUUGCUAAACCCCCAAAACGGCCAAUGGACCGAUUGGAGCCCGUGGAAACCGUGCUCGAAAUCCUGCGGCGUAGGCAUCCAAAUCCGAUCGAGAUCCUGCGAAAAUCCACCGCCGUCGUUCGGCGGGAGGCCCUGCGAAGGGCGCGCGGAAGAGUGGCGUCCCUGCAAAUUGAACGAAUGCUCGGAGAAGAGUGUUGACACGAGGGCCCAGCAGUGCAAACACCUGCCGCGUUUCGUCGAUCUCUCUCCAUCGGCCGAGGCCCAAGUCACCUGGCGACCGUACGAGAGCGACGAAAACGCGAAGAAGUGCAAAUUGAUCUGCCUCAACGGCAGGAGGAGGGAAUUGGUUUUCACCGACGAAAAUUUAGUCGACGGAACGCCCUGCAGCUACGAUCAUCAAGACAAUAUUUGCGUUCAGGGCGUGUGCCAAUACGUUGGAUGCGAUGGAGUUCUCCAUUCCUCCACGAGGAGAGACAGAUGCGGCGUUUGCGGCGGAGACAAUUCCGAAUGCACGGAGGCAAAGAAAAAAUCCCGGAGGAAAUUGAAGAAAGCGUCCAGCAGAAUAGCCGUCCUGCCGGAGAAAUCCCGAGAGAUAAAAGUACAAUUGAACGCGACCAACUACCACGCCGAUAAUCCCGUAUUGGCCCUAAUACUCAAAAAUAGAAAGAGGAAAAGCUACACCGUGCUGAUUCCGGCCAGCGUCGCGCGCAGCGAAAUCGUCGAGGGGACCAAGUUCUAUUACAAAGGGACCGGCAACGCGUACGAAUUUUGGACCAAAGGACCUCUAAGGGACGAAAUGGUUUUGUUGAUCAAAGUAUCGAAAUCCGAACUGCAUUUGGGCAUUAACGUAUCGUAUUCGACGGAGUACUCGAUCCACAAGGACCACCUGGUGCCUUCCAAGCGAUUCGUUUGGAUACCGGGCGGUUGGGGGCCGUGUUCGGCGAGUUGCGGCGGCGGCAGGAGGCAGAAAACCGCCGCUUGCUUCGACAACGACGCCCACCGGGUGGUCAGAAGGUCGGAAUGCGCCCUCAGCCAGAAGCCCAAGCUCGAAACGGACGCCUGCAACACCUUCAGCUGCGAUUUCGAAUGGUUCGCGGGCGAUUGGGAGCCGUGCUCGGCCUCCUGCGGUACGUUGGGGGUGCAGCAUAGAGAGGUUUAUUGCCUGCCGAACUCGGUGCUGGUGGAAACCAACGGUACCGUCGAUCGACCGUGGAGGUACAUGGUGAAUCCGAGUAGAUGCGGAGAAGGUAAACCGAUGAGUUUGAUGGCUUGCAACCGACAACCAUGUUUCGUGUAUUGGACGUUCGGAAAUUGGACCCAGUGUUCGGUGACCUGCGGGCCGGGUUUCCAAACCAGGUCCUCGCAUUGCUUCCCGCCGGAGGAGGAGACGUUCUUCACGUGCGGCGAGGCGCCGGCGCCGCAGCGGCGCUCCUGCUCGGGCGCUUACAACAGAUUCACCAGCCCGCUGUGCAAGGGCAGGAAGAGGAGGACCUGUCGCAAGGACGAUUCCGCGCAUUGCCCGUUCGGUUUGCUGCACAAGUACUGCAAAAUCGGCGGGUUCAGGCGGGCGUGCUGCAGGACUUGCGGCGAGGUUCUUUCGCAGUCGAUUUGA